AUGGAUUCAGAGCACCACAAUUCUCCGCUGCCGGAAUCAUCGGAUCUCCGGCAAGUGCUUGUCCUCCGUCCUCCGCCUGUCUUCGCAAUCCACGAACAUUACUUCUCCAACAAGUUUCAGAUCCUGAAAGCGUACGAAUCCACGUUACCUACUCACGAUUUCCUUAAAGCCUACGCUCAGUCCGUUAAAGUCGUUUUAUGCUCCGGCAUGUUUCCGAUUACAGCGGAGGUGCUACGAGAUCUUCCGGCGCUGCAACUCCUUGUCUCCUCCGCCACCGGAGUCAACCACAUCGACAUGGCUGAAUGUCGCCGCCGUGGAAUUAGAGUGAGUAACAUUGUGGAUGUGUUUUCUGACGAUGUAGCUGACGCUGCUGUAGGACUUUUGAUUGAUGUCAUGAGGAGAAUUAGCAGCGGUGAUAGGUUUGUUCGCGGUGGACGUUGGCCGGCUGCGGCGGAGUAUCCUCUUGGUUCCAAGUUGGGUGGCAAGAGAGUUGGGAUUGUUGGGCUUGGAAACAUUGGGUCAAAAGUUGCCACAAGAUUAGAUGCCAUGGGUUGUAGAGUUUCAUAUACAUCAAAGCAAAAGAAACACUCCACACCUUUCACUUUCUACCCAAAUGUCCUCCAACUGGCAUCGGAUUCCGAUGCCCUCAUCCUGUGUUGUGUGCUCACUGACGCCACACGUCAUAUGAUCGACAACAAAGUUAUGAGGGCAUUAGGAAAAACAGGGGUCAUUGUGAAUGUGGCCCGUGGGGCCGUCAUUGAUGAGGUGGAGUUUGUUAAGUGUUUGGUUGAAGGCGAGAUUGCUGGUGCUGGUUUGGAUGUUUUUGAAAACGAACCGGAUGUGCCUAAGGACUUGUUUGGAUUGGACAAUGUUGUGCUUUUACCUCACAUAACUGCUUGUACAGAGGAGUCUUUUCAUGAUGCUGUAGACGUUUUGAUUGGUAACUUAGAAGCGUUUUUCAUGAAUAAACCCUUGCUUACUCCUGUUCCCAAUGAAUUCUAGUCAAAAGUUUUGAU